AUGCAGUCUCAAAGCUGGAAGCCGGUCACCCCGCCGCAGAUUGCACUCCCCAAAGAGCCCGGUACAGCACCCGACGGACUGGCAGCACAGGACCGGGAGCUACUAGACCACUGGCACAGAGUCGCGUUCAAGGCCAUUUCCCAUCAAAGAGGCCUUGAAGGUCUGUGGCAAUACCAGGUGACGCAUCUAGCUGUUCAGCACCCGGUGAUCCUGAACCUAGCCCUGUCCAUCUCGUCCUUUGAACAGGCGCUCACGGCCCACCGUUCGCCGACCGACGUACAAGCGCAGCGACGGCGACGGGACCUUUGCGCGGCCCGAGGCUUCCGCUACUCCCGCAAAGCAGUGGGCUUGAUGCGAGGCACCGUGGCCGCGGCGAACCGACAAAACGCGCCGCUGUGCCAUCUCGCGUCGAUCCUGCUCAUGAUCAGCUCCUACGCCGAGGGCGGGCUCAAGGAGCUGAUUCGGAGCCAGGGCGAGCCCUCGUCCAUCCUCGACGACCUCGUUGUCAAUUGCAGACUCACGCGCGGCGUCAGGACGAUUGCGGAUACGUUGGACGUCGUGUGGCCGAACCGGGCGGAGCGCAUCCUCUUCGUCACCGAGGUCGACGCUCCAGACCACGGGCCGCUGGACCCGCUGCUGGCGCGUCUCGAAGCGCUUACGUUUUUGGAGGAGGAGGGGAAUGGAAAGGUGAGGCGCGUCUGCCAGGCUGCGCUCGAUCUGAUGACGUGGUUGGUUCGCAAGGCACAGACUUCGGAGUGGUGGCCGGCGCAUAGGGCUUCGCUGCAGUGGGCGGCGCUGGUCAGCGAGGACUUUUUGCGGCUUUUGGAGGCAAGGGAACCUGCGGCGCUGGUCUUGCUGUCAUAUGGAUGCUUCUUGGCAGAUGACGAUUCCGGCCACACGUUCAUCAUGACGGGUUGGAAAGAAGCUGUUUGCGCAGAGAUUCGCGACCGCGUCGGUCCGAAAUGGGCAUGGGCCGUCUCGAGCUAA